AUGAUCAAUAAAAAUGGCUGACUUACUUACUUCGUUGUAUUUAAAUAUAUCGUAUAGUAAUCUUCUCAUUUCCACAGAUCGAUUUGACUGCUACCAGUAGUAGUAGUAGUAGGGCUGGACGUCGACGGCGGCGCCGUGGUGGCAUUGUCAACAUUCUCGGCGGCGGUGGCCGGCGGCUGUAGUUGAUGAUGAUCAUCAUGGCUGAGUUGGGAAGCGACGAACUUAUCAAGCACUCUCCAAUCCGUCACCGAUUCCACUCCAGCUCCUCCACCUUGCUGCUGCUCCUGAUGAACAUGAAGAUGAUGAUCACCACCGCCGCCGUCCAUCCCAAAGAUUAAUGACCUCAAGCUCUGGCGGUGAUGGUGAUCCAGCGAGGGAGCAGGUCGCAACGUGUUCAUGUCUAGACCGUAGGAUGACGGUGGCGGCGGCGGCGAUGACGACGUGGACGGUGGAGUUUGGAGGAGAGGCUUGGGGCUUUGAAGAAGCGGGAGCUGGAGGAAGUAAGUGUUGGGAUCGUGUGGGAGCGUUGGGAGGAAGAGGAGGUCGUUGGCGAACUGCUCUUUCUUGCAAUGAGUGGCGGUGGUCGGAAAAUGAUGAUCCGGCGGUGGCGGUGGCUGGGAGAUGGAGCUUUGUUGGUUGGGGGAGUCCAGCGGUUCUUGGGUGAAUGAGGAGGAGACUUGGUCGUCGUACCAGUAAAGUGAGGAGGAGGAGUCGUGGUCGUUCAUUUUUCUCACCGUUGUUA